GAAAAAGCAUGUGUUUGCUUUUAUUUUACAGGUUAGAUUUUACUACUGAUAAACUGCCGCCGUUGAUACCUAUAUUUUUUUUAUAAAUCGUCAUGGAAUGCAGCGGUUUUGAAGUCAGAAUUCUGAAUGAAGAAAAGGGUAAAGGACUAUUUGCUGUCAAUUCCUACAAAGAAGGAGACGUAAUUUUAGAAGAAAAGCCCUCUGUGUGUUGUCAGUUUGCAUGGAAUGCAGACUACAAGUACUUGGCUUGCGAUUACUGCUUGAAACCAUUAGAAACAGCAGAAGAAAACGCUCGUCGACUGACUAACAAACCAGACCUCAUCUUACCUUUUCCAGAAUGCUGUGAAACUAAGAAAGAUUUUAUUACUGAAUGCAUAGGCUGUGGAACCAAAUACUGCAGUAGUGAGUGUCUCAAUGAAGCUUGGCAAAGGUAUCAUCAAACGUUAUGUUUCCAAUCAAGGCAAAAUACUGAACAUCAUCCUAUUGUUCAGUUAAAAGAAACGUGGAAACAGAUGCAUUACCCACCUGAAACAGCAACCGUCAUGUUGCUUGCUCGAAUGGUAGCAAUGGUUAAUCAAGCAACAGAUAAAGCUGCCAUACUUUCUACAUUUUCACAAUUCUGCCAUAGAACUGUAAAUGAAGUUCAAGAAAUAGCUCACAAUCUUUUAGGAGAAAAGUUUGUAGGGCAAAUUGAUGUUUUGAGGCAAAUGAUGCAAAAAACUUUGAAUAUCGAAUUUGUGCCAGAGUGGUUUACUCCAGAUGGUUUUAGAAGUCUGUUAGCUCUAGUUGGUACAAAUGGACAAGGUAUAGGGACCAGUGCAUUCAGCAGAUGGGUUAAAAAUGUGUCUGCUCUAGAUUUACCAAAUGACCAAAGGAUCCAAGUUGACAAGUUGAUUGAUAGGAUUUAUGAUGAAAUGGAUGAAGUGGUGGGCACUUUUUUGAAUAAUGAAGGCUCAGGGCUUUACAGCUUGCAAUCAUGCAUAAAUCACAGUUGCAAUCCCAAUGCCAGUGUAGAGUUUCCUUAUUCAAACAGCACCUUGGUAAUCCGUGCACUCCGUGACAUUCGACCUGAUGAGGAAAUCUGCACAGCUUACCUAGAUGAGUGUCACUUGGAACGUAGUCGACAUUCACGUCAGAAAGCUCUAAGCUCGCUAUACUUGUUUAUAUGCAAGUGCGAUAAGUGUCAACAGCAGGCAGCAGAUCCUGAUGUCACUAGCGAUGAGGAUUUCGAUGUCGAAGACGAUAACUAAUGGUCUUGU